UCUUCCUCACCGUAAACAGUAAACAGGAGCAUCAGCGUCGGAUGUGAUCACUGACCACCGUUAGCUUGAAAAUCGCUCCGUCCGUCCUGGAAGUCACUGCUUGGUUUAGCGACGAGAAGAAGUGGACCGGGUCAGUAUCUUCAUUCUGUUCCUGGUGAAACACACAUUGAACCCUGCASUGGUGACCUCUGAUGCUUCAGUGUCACCAUGAAUACUUCGAUCACAUUUGCUGCACUUCUGCCUCUGUUUGCUGGGAUGACAGCAGCUAUUCAUAGUCCCCAGACAGUGUUUCUGGAGAAGCAGCAGGCCACCUCGUUGAUCUCCCGUCAGAAGAGGAAUGUGGGAACCCCAUCCUCCACCCUGGAGCAGGCUUGCAUGGAGAGGGUGUGUUCCUAUGAGGAGGCCAGAAAGUAUUUCCAGGACUCGUACCGCACGGAUAUUUUCUGGUCGGUUUACAUUGAUGGAGAUCAGUGUGCAGAGAAACCCUGCAAGAACGGAGCCAUGUGUUCAGACAGCGUGGGAGGCUACGACUGCGUCUGCAAGUCGGGUUUCACUGGGGUCCACUGUGAAAAAGACGAGACUCUUUGCACUCUGGAAAAGAACAAGGGCUGCUCGCAGUUCUGCAAACCAGGCUACACGUCUUACGAGUGCUCCUGCGCUCGUGGAUGGAAGCUCAGCCGGACGAACAAGGACACCUGUGAGCCAGCAGUCUCAUUCCCUUGUGGUAAGGUGGACAAUUUCAGACAGUCCAGCAACAGUGAAAGAAACUAUGAAAGAUUAAUUUGUACAACCACAAUGUGUCCUUGGCAGGCGUUGCUGAAGACGUCAGGAUCUGCAGGUUUCUGUAGCGGAGUCAUCCUGAAGGAGAACCUGGUCCUGACUUCAGCUCGGUGUGCCAACAAACACAGCUCCUUUCAGGUUACAGUUGGUAAACGCAGCAUCAGCAGCAGCGACUAUGAUGAGCAGACGCUGUACCCAAAGUUAAUUCACGUCCACCCUCGUUACGUGGAGGGCCYUGCUGAAAAUGACCUGGCCGUGAUAGAACUUCGCGACCGCAUCAUCUUUAAGAGAACCAGAGUUGCUGCCUGUUUGCCUGAGAGGGACUUUGCAGAGAGCAUCUUGAUGUCGGGAGACCUCCCAGCUUUUGUCACUGGCUGGAAAACCUCCGAACAGGAGCAAGUUUUCAAGGGCUCGCUCACUCUGAACCACCUGCAGUACAGACAGCUGCCACAGUGUGUGGAAACAUUCCCCACGCUGAUGACCAACAGAAUGGGCUGCACYGUCCCACGGACCAACGAGGACUGUACCAUGAACUCCGGUAGCCCCCUGCUCACCCUGUACAGGGAUGUGUUCUUCCUCACUGGGGUGGUGAGCCAGCCGGAGGGGGUCAGCUGCAGCAACGGUUACGUCUUCCAAAAAGUGUCGCGCCACCUCAGCUGGCUGCAGUCAGUCAUGGGCUCACGUUAGGUAGAGAAGUCACGUGGAGGAGUGCGAGUAAAUUACAACUAAAACAAGAGAAUCUGUUGAACAUUUUCUCURUUUUAGCUCAGGCUCAUCAUUAGCUUUUUGUGUGUUUUUUAGAAGACAUCAACAAUCCUAUUUGUAUACUUACUCAUUUAUCCACAGGGUGGCUCUCUGUUAACGUCAGUAGUGAAGCUCCUUCAGCAUGUGUUUGUGACAUGAUCAUACUAUCUAACAAAGCUCAAGUGAUAUUAUUUUAAUCUUUUUUUWAAAUUUAUCUGUACAGAGUGAUGUGCACCUUAAACUCAUUUUAAUCAUUGUUCUGUGAUUGUAUUAAACCAUAAAACCACA